GUGAGGGAGAUGGUUUCUGCCAUGAUUAUUACGAAGUUUAGGUUAUGAUUUUUACAAUUUUGAGGUUAUCGUAAUAGGGAAAUUGUAUUAUAAAUUCUUAUGUUUUAGAAAUAAGAAACGUUAUUCAAUCAUUUAUCAAGUUGAUGAAAACGUUUGUUCAUCAUAUUUACUUUCUUUAAAAGUAACUAUUAAUUGGAAACUGUCAAACCAUGGACAUCACACUUCUAUUCAAAGCGUGUGUGAAAACAAUACGGACUCGAAAUAAAGCUCUUGGAGUGAAUGUACCCGAAUUGGACAAACAUCGUAUACUUAACAAUCACAAAUCCAAGCACUCAGAGUUCACCUGUAAGGCCAAGGAAGUGUUAAACCAAAUUACAAAACUGAGGGAUUUCCUUUUAGAGCAUAGAAAAGCUUAUUUAAAUUUCUCUCACCACUUAUCGACUCUGCCCCAGAUAAAUGAUUACGAACGUGAUAAAAUUGACAAUGGGGCCCAAAGGAUAAUCAAAACAUGUUCGCAUCAUAUUUUAGAGUUUAAAAGGGAUGCAACCUUUCAUGAAGGCCAUCCUCAGCUGAUCGAGCAUCAAGAUGCUGUUAUUGACUUGUUAGACUCUUAUCUCAAAACAGUUUGUAAAAUUUAUUCUGAACAGAAAGCUAUUAGGAUGAAAAGAAAUCUAGAAUUGCAAAAAAUGGCAAGACUGGAAUCUGAAGUGUUAAAUAAGGUAUCGCGUAGUGAUGAUUCUGUUUCGGAUAGUUUUUCAAAUGAGGACUCUGAAGGUGAGGAGACUAUUACGAGGUCACCGAGUAAGUUAAAUGUAGAAACAAAUUCUGUCAGUUCACUAACACUAGAGGAUGAACUAACAGCAGAAGAACUACAAAUGUUCGAGAGUGAAAAUGAACAGCUGUAUAACGAAUUGAACAGUCUAACUGAUGAGGUGAGGCAAAUAGAAACCAAAGUAGUGCAUAUUGCUGAGCUACAAGAGGUGUUCACUGAGAAGGUCCUGGAACAAGAGAAGGACAUAGAGAGGAUAUUUGGCACUGUUGUGGGUACUACAGAGAAUCUGCGGGACGCCAACACGCAGAUCCGACAGGCAAUACAGAGCAAUGCCGGUCUGCGUCUCUACGUGCUGUUCUUUCUAUUGGUGAUGUCGUUGACGCUACUGUUCUUGGACUGGUACAACGACUGAUACACAGAGUUGCGGUUCAAUACCAGUUUGCUGUGGCGGGAAGAUAAUCUUGUUACCGUGUGUCUGAUCAGCUAAGUGGAAUCAGUUGUAUGGUGCUGAAUUUUUUUUUUCAAUAUUAAUUUCUGAUGUGUAUCGGAUGGUUGUAAAGAAAGUUGUGUACAUGAUCUAAUUAUAAAUUUAUAAUUUAUCAGUAAUAUUUCUACUAUGUGUAAUUUUUUAUAAGCAACCAUGUUUUGACAGUGUAAUCAUCUGAGGGAUUUUGCUACUGAGGUAACUUUUCAGUGGUAUUUGUAUUAUGGCAGAAGUGUUAAUAAACAAUGAGUAAUUGAGUGA